AUGGCGACACCAGAAGCGGCGCCGGCUGCAGCAAAACCCGAAGCUGCUACGCCGUCGUCGAUUGAGAAAGCGACAGAACCUGAAUUGCCCAAACUCUCCGCCGCCGAUUUCCGGGAAUACAACCAGCUGGCGGAGAUGAUGGAAUUAUAUCACAACCACUUCCGCCACACGUGGAACAUGCUGUAUAAGACAUGCACAACGGGCUCGCGACCGAACGGCAUGUCGCUGCGGUCGUUCUUGAACCAAGGCCUGCAGCUCUGCCGCUCGCUGACUAUGCACCACACGAUCGAAGAGCAGUAUUUCUUCCCGCCGCUCGCGGAGCGCAUGCCCGCGUUCGCCGAGAACGACCAUCUCAUCUCCCAGCACGAGUUGAUCCACGAGGGCAUCGUCCGUCUCGAGGAGUAUCUCCGCGCGUGUGGCGGUGGCGAGCGGGAAUUGCGUCUGCCAGAGUUACAGGGCGUGUUGGAUUCUUUCGGGACGGUCCUCUGGGCGCAUUUGGACGAUGAGGUGCGCAUGCUUGGGGCGGAGAAUAUGCGGAGGUUUUGGUCCAAGGAGGAGGUCGGGGCUUUGAAUAUUGGUUGA